UGUGUGUGUGUGUGUGUGUGUGUGUGUGUGUGUGUGUGUGUGUGUGUGUGCUUGUGUGUGUGCGCGCGCUUGUGUGUGGUGUUUCCUGUUAAGGUUCUUCAUGCAGGAACGGACCAUGGCGGCCACUGAGGUAGCACGACAAGCGGGAGAGGGCGCACGUGCCGUUCCACUUUCUGGCCAUGUCGGCUUUGAUAGCAUGCCGGACCAGUUGGUCAACAAGUCUGUCAAUCACGGUUUCUGCUUCAACAUUCUCUGUGUUGGAGAGACUGGGUUGGGAAAGUCCACUCUCAUGGAUACGCUGUUCAACACCAAAUUUGAAGGCGAGCCGAUGCAGCACAACCAGCCAGGAGUGCAGCUCAAGUCCAGUACGUAUGAGCUGCAAGAGAGCAACGUCCGCCUCAAGCUAACUAUUGUCAACACGGUUGGCUUCGGUGACCAGAUCAAUAAAGAGGACAGCUACAAACAAAUUGUGGAGUUUAUUGACACUCAGUUUGAGGCCUACCUGCAGGAGGAACUGAAGAUCAAACGUACCCUGCACAGUUAUCAUGACUCUCGCAUCCAUGCCUGCCUGUACUUUAUUGCACCCACUGGACACUCCCUAAAAUCCCUGGAUCUAGUAACCAUGAAAAAGCUGGACAGUAAGGUGAAUAUCAUCCCCAUUAUUGCCAAGUCGGAUGCCGUCUCAAAAAGUGAACUUGCCAAGUUUAAGAUCAAGAUUACCAGUGAGCUGGUCAGCAAUGGUGUGCAGAUCUACCAGUUUCCCACUGAUGAUGAGACUGUGGCAGAGAUUAACUCCACUAUGAAUGGCCAUCUACCAUUCGCUGUGGUGGGAAGUACAGAGGAAGUAAAAAUUGGGAACAAGAUGGUCAAGGCACGUCAGUACCCCUGGGGAACUGUUCAGGUGGAGAACGAGAAUCACUGUGACUUUGUGAAGCUGAGAGAGAUGCUGAUUAGGGUAAACAUGGAAGAUCUGAGGGAACAGACCCACACACGCCACUAUGAGCUCUACCGCCGCUGCAAGUUAGAGGAGAUGGGAUUUAAAGACACAGACCCUGAUAGCAAACCGUUCAGUCUGCAGGAGACUUAUGAGGCCAAGCGGAAUGAGUUCAUGGGUGAGCUGCAGAAGAAAGAGGAGGAGAUGAGACAGAUGUUUGUCCAGAGGGUAAAAGAAAAAGAGGCCGAGCUGAAGGAAGCUGAGAAAGAGCUGCAUGAAAAGUUUGACCGUCUAAAGAAGCUGCACCAGGAUGAGAAGAAGAAGCUGGAGGACAAGAAGAAGUCGCUUGAUGACGAGCUGAACAUCUUCAAGCAGAAGAAAACAGCAGCUGAACUCCUGCAGUCUCAGGGCCAGCAAGCAGGGAGCUCCACCACACUCAAGAGGGACAAAGAGAGGAAAAACUUCUUUUAAAUCUGUCUUGACCGCCUGUCUGAAGAGGAGGUUGCAGCUUUUACAAGACCUAAGCAUCCAUUUCCUUUUCCUCUCUCUCUGCCUAACUCUGCCAACCUUGUUAUUGUUAUUUUGAACGUUUUAAAAUCUUCGCUGUCUGCUAAGUUAGGUAUUGUGUUAUGUGGGCUUUACAUGGUAUUUCUUGCAAUUAGAAUUAGCUUUUUUUUUUUAUCUCUAAUUACAGCACGCAGUGCAGCUCCAUAGUAAUAUUGUUACAGAUGUUGGGUAGAUACUGGAACAAAGUUCUGGUAGUAAAAAAAAAUCAUAAUUCUUUGCUCCUGAAGACUUCAGAUUAAUAAAUGAACCAUAUACACUGAUCAGGCAUAACAUUAUGAGCACUAACAGGUGAAGUGAAUAACACUGAUGAUCUCUUUAUCACGGCACCUGUUAGUGGGGAGAUAUAUUAAGCAGCGAGUGAACAUUUUAUCCUCAUAGUUGAUGUGUUAGAAGCAGGAAAACUGCAGCUGGUCCAAGGAAGGAACAGUGGUAAACUGAUGACAGGGUCAUGGGCGGCCAAGGCUCUUUGAUGCAUGUGGGGAGCGAAGGCUGGCCCGUGUGGUCCGAUCCAACAGACGAGCUAUUGUAUGUAGCUCAAGUUGCUAAAGAAGUUAAUGCUGGUUCUGAUAGAAAGGUGUCAGAAUAUACAGUGCAUCACAGUUGCAGGGCUGUUUUGUCAGCAAAAGGGGGGGCCAACACUAUUAUGAAGGUGGUCAUAAUGUUAUGUCUGAACAUGUAUAUUGCCUUAGGGUCUUACAUUUAUGCAUUUUCUCUUGAGAAUGGUAACAUGCAUAUGCCAAAAACACAACCAACCUGAUAGCAGUUGAUGGAGAUACUUUGCUUAUGUAGAUGUGAAGGAGUCUCUUUUAUGAAUCCGGAAACUUCCUGUGAGCUGCAGUUGAAGUAAAAAAAAAAAAGUACAUCACUUGUGAGGUACAUGUCCUUAAGGGUUGUUUUGGGAUUAUUAUGAUUUCCGCACCUGUUUUUUUUUUAUGUGACUAAAUGAUGACCACACACUUCUUCAUCCACAUGCUCCUUCAGGAAGAAACAAAAAUCUAGGAAUUUGAGUUCUAAGAUUUCUAAAGAAUAUGGUAGGCCAAAAAUGUACACACACGCCGGCCCCAGCUCUGAUUUGAGGAGAACGAAGCUAACCCACACCCCCUUCGACACGUGGGCAGCAGCCGUAUGCAUUUCGUCACCCACACUAGGCGAGUGCAUAUAUGCGGAUCAGCCUUGUGUACAGAGAGACGCACCCUGGUCCGCACUCUUUCUCAGCUCUGGUGCGCCACCUGAGUGGCCUAAAAGUUAGUAGUUACUUAAGUUCAAAAGUACAUGGAACAGCCCAAACUGUCAAGCUAUGCUAAAAGAAUUUGUCUAGCACAUAACUCAUCUUCCAGCAGCUCAUCUUAUUCUAGUCAGACCUGAUUUAUUUGCUUAAUCAUAAACACUAGCAAUGAGUUAGGAGGUCAUGCUUUUUGAUUUAUUCUCAUCAACUGCUUUAGUUAAUCCAGUUCUAUCUGGAAUCAUUGGGUGCAAGUCAUGAACACACUUUGGACAGGGCGCCAAUACAUCAUAGGGCUUUGGCCAUCAAGACCACACCUCCAUAACAUGACACCCAGCUGGCUGAUAGCACCACUGAGAUUGGAACCUGGCUCUCAGUGUUGGUGGGCAUUUGUUUAAACUAUUUCGUCAUAGAAAAUAAAAGGUGCAGAAAUGAUUAAAGCCCUCCCAGACCUAUAGGUCUUCUGCUAAUGUAUGUAACUUUGAACCCAAAAUGUAUAGGUAUAAAUAAUCUACAGAACCAGUUACAGAACUUACUCUUUAAAAUGUCCAGUUAUUCAAGUCUGGACAAGAUGCAAUUGCAAGCGAUUGUCCUGUCUUAAUGAACUUUAAAGACUAGGUUUGGGGUGUAAAGACAAUGUUCUAAAUACCAUGUAAAACACAUUCAAGUCAUACUUUUAUGCUUUUUUUAGGCUUCACUUGUGUAUUUAUUCCAGGUACAUAUAUAUUUAUAUAACUGUUGUUUUGGCAGCUUUGUUUGAAAGGGUUAAAUACAGGAGAGCCCUACAUAAAUAUAAUUUAUAAUCUAUUUUGUGUAUUUUAAAGAUGGUGUGUUAAUGAUCUAUUAUGCUGUUGCUAGGUGACAGUUUCCAUCCUUCUGCUUGCCUUAUCGGGUCAUUUUUCUAGCAUCUUCCACAAUUUCCUCCGUCGCCUGUUGUAACAAAAAUGUGGAAUAUUUACUUGUGAUGAAAUUUCAUUGGUGUACAUUUUUAAUAAAAUAUUAAAACAGUG